AUGUCGGCGGAGACGACCCUGACCGCGUCCUCCAAGGCCACGGUCACCUCCAUCGUGUCCGAGACCCUGCUGCCGAUGUCGCUGGCGGCACUGCUGCCGCUACUUCCGGCGGCGACCUGUGUGCGGCUGCCGCUGGCGUUGUGCUCGACGAUCGCAUCCUACUACAAGCAGCGCGCGACGCCCGGCGGCCUCAUCAUCGCCGAGGCCACCAACAUCACGCCCACGGGCCGCGGAUCCUGGGGCUCCCCUGACAUCUUCGCGCCCCAGCAGAUCGAGGCUUGGCGCCACGUGACCAAGGCCGUGCACGGCAAGAUGUUCCUGCAGUUGUCGGACUACCGCACGGCCGCGGAGAACGCCCUCAAAGCGGGCUUCGACGGCGUCGAGCUGCACGCCGCCAACGGCUACUUGCUGGAGCAGUUCCUGCACGACGGCAUCAACGACCGCGCCGACCAGUACGGCGGCAGCGUCGAGAACCGCGCGCGCUUCCUGUUCGAGGCACUGGAGGCCAUCCUCGAGAGUCUGGACUCGUCCAAGGUGGGCAUCCGACUGUCCCCGUUCGGCGGCAGCUUCGGCGACAAGGACUCGGACCCCGUCGCCACCUACACGUACGUGCUGAACAGGCUCAACAACUACGACCUGGCCUACGCGCACCUGAUCGAGCCGCGUGGCUACCACGUGCGUGACCCGCUGGCACCCGAGAAGGGCUCGGCGCGGCAGUUCCGCGAGACGUACAAGGGCGUGCUCCUCGCCGCGUCGGGCUUCGACCGGCAGUCGGCCGUGCAGAUCGUGGAGCCACUUCAUCUCGAACCCGGACCUGGUGCGGCGCUUCCAACUCAACAAGCCCGUGAACGACUACGACACGGACACGUUCUACCUCGGUGA